UGAUGAUCGAGUACUGUAAGCUAUUUCUGCUGGUCGCUCUAUGGUCUGUGGAGGUCUCAAACACAGCAGAAUUACGGUGCCCAGAUACAUCGUUGGAUGCAGAAGCUGACAAGACAGUAAUUCUACCGUGUUGGACUGUGCCCAAAAUGGAUGUCGGCAACAAAGUGGAGUGGGUGCUUAAUGAUACCGUUGAUGUCCAUUUGCUCCGUAACGGAAAACCUGAGUUUGAUCAUCAGGGGAAGGACUACAAAGACAGAACAUCUCUUUUCGACAGUCAACUGGGAACAGGAAAUUGUUCACUGCGUUUGAAAACCAAGAUGACUCAUACUGGGAGAUAUCGCUGCUCUGUUAGAAUUGGAGAUGAGACAAAACACUGUUUUAUAUCCCUCACCAUCCGUCCACAUGAAGGAAGCAACUCCACUCCACUCAAUCUAUCAGAUAGUAACCAGCUACACGGUACCAACUCUCCAGGUGGUGGCAACGACUCCACUUUUCCUCCGGGUGGCAUCGUCGGCAUCAUCGUCGGCAUCAUCGUCAUCAUCAUUCUUGGGGUGAUCUGGAAGCGUAAAAUGUGCUGUAAGCCAAUCCAAUCAAUAGAAGAACCAAACGACCACAACGAGGGAGAGGAAGGGAUUCCUCUGGAGCAGGGACAUCUGGCCAGUCUGUAGCUGCUCUUUACCUGCCAAAAGGACUUUAUUAUAACAUUCCAGUGAAACAAGCUCAGGAAAAUAUUUUUGCACUGCCCUCCUGUAAAUGUCACAACUAGUGUUUAAUUUGUUAAGUGGAAGGUCCCGGAGGGUGGGUGGAUCCGGUGACUCAAAACGGGGAUUGGAGGUAACGGAACAAAAAGAAAUGACACUGCCUACGUAGCU